ACUUGCCAACUGCAAAAGUGCAAAGCAAAUUUACUAUUCAUAUAUUCAUCCAAUUUCAAAAUAAAGUCUGUGUUCCCAGAGACCAAAGGUGAAACCUUCUUGUUGAAAUUCAAACUCCCAAUUCCAACCUCCAUGAAAAAUGUGAAAACAAUUCAAACUCCCAACGAAUACAGAACAAAAGGCGGUUCCUUUAAAUCUUCCCAAGUUUCUGACACAUAACAGAGCACUUCACUUUUUUUCCGAUUGGUAAUAAAACACUGACCCCAUCGCGAGAUUUUGCUUGUACUGUCCCUCCCUCUUUCAUCUUCCUUAAAUUUCUCGCAAAGCACGCGCCUUUCCAUUUUCGCUAUCUCCCUUGAUCACUGUUGUGUCCUCCUCCUCCAUCGUUUGUUUUCUUUCUACGUCUCUCUCGAUUCCUGCUCUUGCAGAUCUGCAUCUGCAAGGCAAGGAAAUGGGUGUUUUUUCUAGGAAAAUCUUCCCAGCUUGUGGGAGCAUGUGUGUAUGUUGCCCAGCUUUGAGGCCAAGCUCUCAAAAACCCGUCAAGCGUUACAAGAAACUACUGUCUGAUAUAUUUCCCAAGUCUCCUGAUGGUCAAUCAAAUGAUAGAAAAAUUGCUAAAUUAUGUGAAUAUGCUGCAAAAAACCCUUUCCGAAUCCCUAAGAUUGCAAAAUAUCUUGAAGAAAGAUGCUACAAAGAGCUGCGAUAUGGGCACAUCAAGUUCGUCAAUAUUGUUACAGAUGCUUACAAUAAGUUACUUUGUAUGUGUAAAGAACAGAUGGUCUAUUUUGCUGUUAGUUUGCUUAAUGUUGUUAGUGAAUUGCUUGAUAACUCCAAGGAAGACUCUAUGUGGAUACUUGGAUGCCAAACCUUGACACAGUUCAUCUAUAGUCAGAUAGUAAUUGCCACAUUAGAUAACUAUGAGCUUGGUUCAAAUGCUGAAAAUGAUGAGAGAGGAGAGCCUCAUCAUAAUUGGGUAGAUGAAGUGGUUAGAUGUGAUGGUAGAGUUACAAUUGUUGGUAGUGAUGCUAGCCCAAGCCAUGAAAUCAUCAGGCCUCGACCAGCAAAAAAGAAUCCUUUGCUUCUAACAAGAGAAGAGAUUGAGACACCUAAAGUAUGGGCUCAGAUAUGUAUCCAAAGAAUGGUUGAACUAGCCAAGGAGAGUACAACAAUGCGCCAAGUGCUGGAUCCAAUGUUUGUCUACUUUGAUUCUAGGCAGCAUUGGGAUCCUCGGGAAGGAUUGGCAGUAGCAGUUCUGUCUGAUAUGUCCUACUUGACUGAGAGUUCAGAAAGUCAGCAACUGAUUUUAGCUGCAGUAAUACGUCAUCUGGACCAUAAAAACAUUGUACAUGAUCCCCUCCUCAAAUCGAAUGUUGUACAGGUUGCUACUGCUUUAGCAAGGCAAAUUAGAUCAGGAGCAGUGCUUUCCGAGCUCUGUUUCAUCAGUGUUCUCUGCAGGCAUUUGAGGAAAAGUUUUCAAGCCACUCUUGAAUUAGCAGGAGAGCAACAAUUAAAUUUAAAUGUCAUGCUUCAGAAUUCCAUUGAAGAUUGCUUACUAGAAAUAGCAAAAGGGGUUGGUGAUCCACAGCCUCUAUUUGACAUGAUGGCAAUAACACUGGAGAAGCUUCCAUCUGCUGGAAUUGUUGCCCAAGCAACAAUUGGAUCACUGAUGAUUCUUGCCCACAUGGUUUCAUCAGUAUUAGUGUCCUCUCAUUCACAACAGCAGGUAUUCCCAGAUGCACUUCUUCUACACUUGAUGAAAGUGAUGCUGCAUCCAAAUAUUGAGGCUCGUGUUGGAGCACACCAGAUAUUUUCAGCUCUUCUUAUUCCAAGUUCCAGUAGUUCCAGAAGUGAAACUUCUUCUGUACGAUUUAGUUCCUCACAUGAGCCAAGAACUUGGCAUUCCAACAAUGCAUCUGCAUUUGCAUCAAUAUCAGCUCUACUUGAAAAGCUCCGUAGGGAAAAGGAUGGCACCAAAAUGGGGAAGAAUGGUUAUAAUGUCCAUGAAGAUUUCAAAGGGAGGGACAAUAUAGAAGAAGAUUGGAAGCUGGCCCGCCUUAGAAAAAAUUCUCCUAAUUUUUACACAUUAAGUUCUAUUAUUGAAAGGAAACCUGGAUCGAACAUGUCUAAGAUGGAACCUUAUAUCAUGAAGCUUUCAGAGGACCAGAUAGUGCAGUUGCUGUCUGCCUUCUGGACACAGGCCACUCUUCCUGACAAUUUGCCUUCAAAUAUUGAAGCCAUCUCUCACUCUUUUUUGCUAACACUCAUUUCUUUGCGUCUAAAGAAUCUCAAUAGCAACCUCAUUGUCUGCUUCUUCCAGCUUCCCUUGUCUUUGAUGAAUGUAGCCUUGGACUGUAACAAUGGUAUGUUACCUCCAGUAUGUCAGAGAUCUACACUCGUACUAUCAAUGGGCAUGUUGAUGUUUACAGCUAAGAUAUAUCACAUCCUGGAGUUGAAUGAUCUCCUUACAUCCUUGAUUCCACAUGAUGUUGAUCCUUAUCUGGGUAUUGGCGAUGACCUCCAAGUAUUUGUAAGGCCAGAUGCAGAUUUGAAACAAUAUGGAUCGGCUAAUGAUAAUCAACUGGCCUCUUCAGUUCUCUUUGAGUUGCGGGAUAAAAUGUUUGAAUCCAACAAGUUAAUGGUGGAUAUCUUGGUUCGAAAUUUGUCCUCCAUCACUGAGCUGGAUGAAGAUGAUCUCACAAUAAAACUUUUGGAACCAUUCAUGCCUGAUGAUGCAUUCAUGUUUGGCCCGCAAUCUAUGCGUGACUUGGACCACCAUCUAAUGCCUUCCUUUUCUAAAGAAUCAUUUUCAUUUGAUGAGGAUAUUCCAGCAAGCUCGUUAGUGGAAGAUGAUGCAACAAGUGAAGCAUCUGUUGCUGACCUCUCACGCUUCAUUCCUAAUGUUCCUCCAUCACCUUCUAUUUCCCAUGUUGUUAGCAUUGGACAGCUUCUAGAGUCGGCACUUGAGGUUGCUGGUCAAGUUGCAGCAACAUCUGUCUCCUCAUCACCCCUCCCAUACGACACCAUGGCCAGCCAUUGUGAAGCUCUAACUGCAGAGACGAGGUAUAAGCUCUCAAAUUGGUUGGCCCUUGAAAAUCAUCAAAGUAGAACUCCCAGUAGAUUUUUCCCAGCAGCAGUGCCUUCAGACGGGUGCAAUGCACUCAGAAAGAUAACAGGCAAUACCGAGGUAUUUCAAGGGGCUAUGUUUCCACGGGAUCCAUGCUCGGGUAUGAGGUUGCCCCCAGCUAGUCCAUUUGACAACUUCCUCAAAGCAGCUGGGUGUUAAAGUUGCAGAAGUCAUAGUAUCAACGUAAGUUUGUGUUGUAGAGGUUUUUAGGCAGUUUGAGGGUCUUAACUCCUAAGUGCUCGACAUUCCUUACCUGUACCUUCGUACACUAACUACAUUCCAGACAACUGAUUAACGUGUAAUAUUGUGUAUCUUAGUUCUUUAAUGUAGUAGCUCUAGGCACAUUCCCUCUCUGUUUACAAAAUGUUACUGCCAUUUAUUUCUCGUCUUGUCCUUAGGUUGGGAUGCCUGUCUGCUUCCAUCUAUCAUGCUUUCUGCACCAUACUAGACAUGGUUUUAGCGUUUCAAAUGAAACAGAUAGAAAUGG